AUGGCUGCUCCCUCUGUUUUGCCAUUACCAAUAUGGCCGCUCCCUCUGUUUUGCCAUUACCAAUAUGGCCGCUCCCUCUGUUUUGCCAUUACUAAUAUGGCUGCUCUCAUACUGCUCUCUUUGUUUUCCCAUUGCCAGUAUGGCCGCUUCGUCAGUCACGUGACUGAACCCAUGACAGGAAGUGGUUACUCAGAGCAUGCGUGUGAAGCUAUAACUAGUGUUUAUUACUGGGUCGGGUCUGAAAGGUACGAUUGUUAAUCAUCGUCUUUUGUAGUUUAAUUUGUACUUAUUAUUAACGGAAGGUGUUCUAGUGUUUUGUUUCACAGCUCUUCGUUACUGAUUAGUAAUUUCAUUGUUAUAUAGAAUGUUAGUAAUAUUCUUUGUCUUUGUUCUAAAGCUAUAGUUAUGUGUACACCAUCAUACUAGGGGUUCUGUCUUAUGAUACAGAGAGGGGUAUUUUUUUUUUUUUUAAACCCCCUACAUACUUAUUAACUAUUAAUACGGAAUACGGGGUGAGUGACAGCAUUGUAACAUUGCUGUCAAACAUACAAAAUUAAGCAUGACAGGUGAAUUGGAGUAUAAUUAUAAUUUAAAAAAUAAAGUUAAGUGCUAUGUGGUAUAAUGUGCAAGUACCUUUUUUCUAUGUGUACGUGUUGAUGUGUACUAUAGUCAUUCCUGCCUUCCAGGAGUAGUGGGAGUUUGAGCGCAGGGCUUAAAGGACCACUCUAGGCACCCAGACCACUUCAGCUUAAUGAAGUGGUCUGGAUGCCAGGUCCCUCUAGGAUUAACCCUUUUUUUUUUUUAUAAACAUAGUAGUUUCAGAGAAACUGCUAUGUUUAUAAUACGGUUAAUCCAGCCUCUAGUGGCUGUCUCAUUGACAGCCGCUAGAGGCGUUUGCGUGCUUCUCACUGUGAAAAUCACAGUGAGAAGACGCAAGCGUCCAUAGGAAAGCAUUAUGAAUGCUUUCCUAUGAGACUGGCUGAAUGCGCACGCAGCUCCUGCCACGCAUGCGCAUUCAGCCGAAGAGGAUGAGUAGAGCUCCCCGCCCGGCGGUGGAAAAAAGGUAAGAUUAAACCCUUUCCUCUCUAUCCAGCCCGGCGGGAGUGGGACCCUGAGGGUGGGGGCACCCUCAGGGCACUAUAGUGCCAGGAAAAUGAGUAUGUUUUCCUGGCACUAUAGUGGUCCUUUAAUUUUUGUAUUUGCUUUUCUAUUACACAGCCAUGUUACAGUGCUGCUGCCCACCCCAGUAUUAUUAUUGGCAUCUAUAUAGCGUCAACAUAUUCUGUAGCACUUUACAAUAUUAUAAGGGGGGGGAUAAUUAGAUUAUUGCAAACACUUUCAGGAACAAAAGGGUAAAGAGAACAAUAAGUAGGUAGGGAUUUCGAAAAAUACCCCUUUCUGUGUCAUUAGAGAUUUUAGCUUAAAACAGCAAGGUGUUUUGUUAGUGUAGGACUCACCUAAGAGGUUUGCCUUGACAUGGUAGGCGAGCUUACACGUUAAUGGCCAUUAGAGUGAUACUAAAAAAACCUUGUUAUUUAAAUGUGCAUAGGGAUUUGGUAUAGUGGAAAUGAAAUGAAAGCCUGUAGGGACAGGCCAUAGACACCAGAACCACUACAUUAUGCUGUAGGGUUCUUGUGACUAUCGUGUUUCUUGAAAACAAUAGAGAAUGGUGUGUUGCCACCAUCUACUGGCUGAUUUCAGCUUACAGGAAUAUCUCCGUAAUGAUAAAAAUCAAGCAUACUGAUUACUCUGUGAUUCCUGCUGGCAAAGCCCAGCAACACAGUUGGCACGGGGAGACCUUUUUUAGAGUCUGUUCUGAUCCUGUGUUUUGUUUUUUUUUGACAACUUGCCAAUCCAGAAUCAUGCGCUCAGCCGCCUUUUUCUCAAUUAAUUUAAAAGGCUAUAUGCAGCAUUUACUUUGAGCACUGCACACAGCUCAACUUCUAAAGUAAAACUUUUAAAAACAAAAAAGUCACAUGAUCACAUUAUAGAGGUGUCAUUGUCAUAGCUGAGUUUUAAACUUUUCUUGGAAUGUAGUUUAAAGAAAAAAAAAAACUUAAGAAAAAAACAUUCAUAAUCAUAUUGACAAUCACAAUGUCAUGUGAAGUCUACAUGACCACAUCCUAGCUCUUUCACUGACUAGUGGUUUAUGUAUAUGUUAUAAUAGUGUUCCUUGCAAACAAGAGUAAACUUGUUUGUGGAAGUAACCAGGUUAAUUACUAAAGUUCCAAUUUCUAUUGAAAUGUUCACUUUUUGAAAAUAAAAAAAAAAAGCACACACUAACACAUAUAAAGCAGCAAGCUAUCUGCUUUUAGUGUCUGAAUAGUUAAUUUUCAAAAAAAACACAGGAUCAGAACAGACUCUUAAAGGGAAACUCCAGUGUCAGGAAAACAAUCCGUUUUCCUGGCACUGCAGGUCCCACGUCGCUGCUUCCUCCUCAGCCGCCGCUCCUCCUCUGUAAUACGUUGGCCGGUGGGCGAGACUGUUCCCGCCCACCGGCCGGGGAAACCUAAUGGCAUGCGCGGCAAUGCUGCACAUGCGCAUUAGAGCUCCCCAUUGGAAAGCAUUGAAAAUGCUUUUCAAUGCUUUCCUAUGGGGAAAUGAACGAUGCUGGAGGUCCUCACAGCGUGAGGACGUCCAGCGACGCUCUAGCACAGGUUUCCUGUGCUAGGGACACAAAAGUGCCCUCUAGUGGCUGUCUAGUAGUCAGCCACUAGACGUGGAGUUAACCCUGCAAGGUAAUUAUUGCAGUUUAUAAAAAAAACCUGCAAUAAUUACACUUGAAGGGUUAAGAGUAGUGGGAGUUGGCACCCAGACCACUCCAAUGGGCAGAAGUGGUCUGGGUGCCUGGAGUAUCCCUUUAACCCCUUAAGGACACAUGACAUGUGUGACAUGUCAUGAUUCCCUUUUAUUCCAGAAGUUUGGUCCUUAAGGAGUUAAGACCAAAGUAGGUCAAAUGGAAACCACCUAAAUCAGUUAUGCCACUUACCCUUGGCUUUGCUUUUUCCUACUGCGAUCACAUUAGGCAGGCCUAACCAUACUCCCCCUCUGCUGCUCUCCACUCCACCCACACUUUUCCUGUGUUAUUUGCUGAUUUGACCUGCUUGCAAAUCCUUCCGCAAGCAGGAAAAACCUCCUCCUUGACACCAACGUGCUGGCUUCGUUGCCAGAAUGUCGGCUUCUGAAUGGAACAAUAUCAUAUCACUCCAUUCCUACACUCCAAUGCCGGCACUAGUAGCACUGGCUAGAGGCACAUGCACUGUGGUUAGAGGGGUCUCUUCUGUUCUACUUUAUCAGUUCAUUCUUUUGUAUUCAGUAUCUGCCAGUGUGUUAAUUGGCAGGUGGGAGAAAAGCCUAUUUUUCAAAGGACACUAUAGGCACCCAGACCACUUCAGCAUACUGAAGUGGUCUGGGUGCAGUUUCCCUAUUGCACUUAGUGAAGAGAAACUGCAAUGUUUACAAUGCAGCACUAAAUCUGCCCUGCCUCCAGUGCCUGUCUCCCAGAGGAUUCCGGGGGCACUUCCUGCAUCCAGUAACUGACUUCCUGUUCCGGUAACUGAUGCUGGUCGUCCUCAUGCUCUGCAUGAGAACAUCCAGCGUCAGAUCUUUCCCUAUAGGAAAACAUUGAUUCAGUGCAUUCCUAUGGGAAAGUCUAAUGCGCGUGUAGCAUUUUCUACACAUGCGCACUCUCAUCACGGGACGUCAGAAGAGGAUGAGCCGCGACCCAGCAACGUGGGUCAUCGAUGCUGGGAUCAGAUAAGUAAAUAAAGGGUUUUAAACCCUUUUUGACCGCAGAGUGAGCUAUAGUGCCAGGAAUACAGCUUUGUAUUCCUAGCAGUUAUAGUAUCCCUUCAAAUAGGUUUCUCUCUCAGGCUAUACAUUGUGUUAGCAAAACUGCUAGCAAUGUAUAUAUGAUGUUAAACGCUCUUUUUAAAAAGCUAAAGUUGUUUUAGGUACUAUAGGUGCCCUUUAAAGGGAUACUAUAGGCACCCAGACCACUUCAUCUCAUUAAAGUGGUCUGGAUGUAGUGUUCCUGUCCCCUAAACCCUGCUAUGUAAAACACUGUUGAAGCACUUCCGGGAGUUUCAUGGAGUUUAACUCCUGAAACAAGGGACCUGGGUGCUAGAAUCAGGUAAUUGUUUAAGGGUUUUUUUGUUUUUGUUUUUUAACCCUUUACUUGGCGUUCAUUUUAAGUGCAUAGGGAUGCUAUAGUGUUUGGAAUACACUUUUGGACUCCUAACACAGUUCAAGUAAAUAACUGUGAAUAUUGAGUUGCAGUGUAUUAGAGAAUGAAAAAUAUUCUGCAAUUCUUUAAAUUUUCCAGUUCUAUACAAUUUGAUGCUUAGUAAUAAACCCUUUUGUCUAAAUAAUGAAUGACCCAUUUCACAUAUCUCUUAUUAUAGGAUUCCAUAUUUAGACUAAUUUGAAACUUGUUACAUUUCGUCUACAGCUCUCUUCAAGAUGUCUGGGUUCUUUGAUAGCUUGCGAUGCUCUGAGUGUAUUGAUUGGGGCGAGAAGAGGAAUACAGUAGCUUCCAUCGGGGCUGGCGUUCUAGUGAGUGUUUGGAGUGCAGUAUAAUGUCUAAAUGUUCAAACAUUCAUGUGAGAGACCUAAAAGUAAUGUAGUUUGAAUUAUAAUCCAUCUCCAUAGAGCAUGGUGCCCACUAUUAAGUGUACAAGUAUUAUUGUGUUAUGAAUUCACAUAAUACAUUUGAAUAUUCUUGUACUGCUUGAAUAGGUUAAAGGUAUGCGUAGGGCUGCAAAACAAAGUGUUUUCACUCCCAAAUGGAAGAGAAUUGAGCAGAGAGACAGCAGCAGCAUGAUCUGUUCACUAAAAAUGCUUUGUUAAGCUAGAGUUGUUUUGGUGACUUUGGUGUUCUCUUAAUACAAUGCAAUACAAUCUUCAACGUUGUCUUGAUGGAUUUAGAUAAAUUUGCAUCUAUGAAAUAAUCUUUAGCUGACAUACUGAAGAUAUUCUAUCUGGUAUCUUCCACUAGCAUCUGCUUCUGAACAAUAUGCAAUCCAUCCCAUUAAAAUGGCUCUGUCACUUCUGAGUAUUUCAUAACAAGAUAUAAUCUUUAUGAAAUACUCAUGAUGACUGGGUUUGAAUUUCAUUCAAUUUCCCAUGCAAUCCAAAGACAAUAAGACAAAAUAGGGUCAAACCUGAGGUUUCCAAUCCUAACAGCUGUUACAAUACCUCAGUGUUGUACUCUCGUGAUGUGUGAAAGUACAGCACUGACAUGGCUCCUGGCAGAUGACAUGUCAGUAACAGCAGACCCUAACUGGAGAUGUCACCCUCUGGGAUCUUUGUGAAAUAUAUAAAGAGUCCUGAAAGUGACAGACCCACUUUCAAUAGUUGGAUAACACUAUUUAUUAUAUCCAGAGAACUGCAGUGUUUACAUUGCAGCACAAAGUCUGCCCUCUGUGGCUGUCUAACAGACAGCCACUAGAAGGCUUCCGAAAUCCAAACCAACCUUUGGUCGGUUAUCUGACGCUGGACGUCCUCACGGACCUCCAGCGUCAGAUUUUCCCCAUAGGAAAGCAUUGAAUAUGUGCUUUAGUUCUCCGAUGGAGGAGCGUGGGCGGAACCUGACCCAGCCCCGAGGGAUAUCGACGCUGGAUUCAGGUAAGUAGUUGUAGAGGUUUUAACCCCUUCCGCGACAUGGGGUGAGGGGCACUCCAGGAUUCUCUAGUGCCAGGAAAAUGGGUUUGUUUUCCUGGCACUAGAGAGGCCCUUUAAAUUGUUUAUUGCAAAUAUUAAAUACAAAAGUUUAUUCAUCAUGUAUGCAUGCUUACAAAGAAUAACUUGCAAUGAAACGUGCAUCAAACAACAAUUAUCCAAUUCUACAAAUAGUUAUAAAAGGAGCCACAUCUCACAAAAUGAGAAACAAACAUGAGUACCAGUAUAGAUGGAUAAGAGGGGAAUUGGUAGGCCCAAGGGAAGGAGAGAAAAAAGGGUCAACCUAACAAGUAUCAGAACCCCUUCUCUGGAUGUUUCCCAAAGGUUACACUGUUAUUUAACUUGCAUAUAGUUCACAAAACAUAUUAUGAAAUUUAAGUUUAUAGGUUGUGCAGAUAUUUGUUUUAAACAGAGCCUCAAUAAAUUAUAGCAUUGUGUACAGUAGUUCUGUAUAUGAUACUUCACACCAGUGUUUAUAUAUAUUUCUGUUCAUAAAUGUCUUCUCAUAGUAUGGUAUUUCUUAGUUCUUCACAGGUUGGUGGAUCAUCAUUGAUGCAGCUGUUAAAUAUCCCAGUACAGAUUCACUGAAUCAUUCAUACCAUGCAUGUGGGGUCAUAGCCACAGUUGCUUUUUUAAUGUAAGUAAAAGUGACAUUAAUGGCUCUAAUUGUUGGGAAUUGUAGUCAAACAGUAGAACCACAGGCAAGCUGCUGUUGAAGGAUGAUGAGAAUUCCAUGUACAAAUGUCUGUUUAUUUGCACAGUGGACACCACCUCCCUGGUGCAGUCGUGGCUUAUAAAAAUGUCAAAACCUAUAUUGAUCAGAAAUAACCAUGUUUGUAAUAUAUAUAUAUAUUCAAUAGUGUAGGAGCCUGGGCUAAUUUUAAUUGUUAUUGGGAAAAUAAAAAACCCAAACAUGUCAAUAUAUAUAACAUGCAUAUUUACAAGAUUGCUGUUAUGGUUUACAUUACCCUUAUUUUAUUCUUAAUAAUUUAGUUGAUAGAAAACAUGCAGAAUAGUGCAUUUAUGUUUUUUUUUAAGGUAUAUGAAAAAAACUGUUUGGAAAAGCUGCAGACCUGCCAUCUGCAGCCUUUGCAAGCUUUCCACUUAUUCUGCUGCUUAUGAGAAGCUUCUGUGCUAGAAGCAUGAGGGAGUGCUUUAUUUGAGUUAAGGGAAUUGAGACGCAGGUGCUUCGAAAAAAAAAAAAUAUAUAUAUAAUAGUACUUGCUGUUUAUGGCACCAGAACUUGCAGAUACAACUUGCUCCCUUUUAGCUUGUAAGUGCUGACCAAUAGGGGUCAAAAGGUCUGACCAUUUCUGAUCUAAGUCCCAUUUCUGCGUUUCAAUGCCGCCUGCGUCCUCAUUACAUUUGGCAGUUGGCUUUAUUAGUAUAAGUAAGCUACUGUUUGCAUUUUAUUGGAUUAUACCUAACUGUAAUCCGACCAACAAAAUAUACAACCACCAAUUUCUAUUGCACUCCUGCUUCACAUUUCCGUUGCUCUACUUAUCUACCCUUUCGACUUUCUUUAUUUUAUUUGUUCCAUUGCUUUUACAAUUCUCUACCUUCACAUUUCAUAUCUUUCUGUCGUGUUACACAAAGCUGCCUUUUCCUUGGUGUGUAGCAUGGUAGUGUGGUCUUUGUGGUCUCUCUGUGGCAGAUAAAAGAGUUAGGCUUCCUAGCACUUAUUCAAGCAUUCUUAAGAGCUCUCAUUUAUUAGACAGUCCUCUUUGUUGUAUGAAAUUGAAUUAUUAUUAUUAUUUAUUUUAGGAUAAAUGCUGUGUCUAAUGGGCAAGUUCGUGGAGACAGCUACAGUGAAGGAUGCAUGGGGCAAACUG